AUGGCGAUUCCGGUGAUUGAUUUCUCGAAGCUCAGCGGCGAGGAAAGGGCCAAGACAAUGGCGCAGAUUGCCAAUGGCUGUGAAGAAUGGGGAUUCUUCCAGUUGGUGAACCAUGGAAUACCAGAGGAGCUGCUUGAGAGAGUGAAGAGAGUUUCCACUGAGUUCUACAAGUUGGAGAGAGAAGAGAACUUCAACGAGUCAACCCCUGUGAAGCUGUUGAAUGACAGUGAUGGUGAAAAAGUAGAGAACGUGGACUGGGAGGAUGUUAUCACUCUCCUUGAUGACAAUGAAUGGCCUUCCAACACUCCCGGUUUCAAGGAAACAAUGGCGGAGUAUCGGGCAAAACUGAAGAAGCUUGCCGAGAAGGUCAUGGAAGUCAUGGACGAGAAUUUGGGCUUGCCAAAGGGCUAUAUCAAAAGCGCCUUCAACGGUGGCAAUGACGACAGCGGCGACAGCAACAACAACAAGGCCUUCUUCGGGACUAAAGUGAGCCACUACCCGCCCUGCUCGCAACCUGAGCGGAUCAACGGCCUCCGAGCCCACACCGAUGCGGGCGGCGUGAUCCUACUCUUCCAGGAUGACGUCAUUGGGGGCCUCCAGAUACUCAAGGGAGGUGAGUGGAUCAAUGUGCAGCCACUCCCCAAUGCCAUCGUCAUCAACACGGGGGACCAGAUCGAGGUCCUGAGUAACGGCAAGUACAAGAGCAUCUGGCACCGCGUCCUCGCCAUCCCAGAUGGCAACCGGCGCUCCAUCGCCUCAUUCUACAACCCGUCCCUUGCUGCCACCAUUGCCCCUGCGCCGCAGCUGGUGGAGCAAGCUCGUGCUUACCCCAAGUUUGUGUUUGGGGAUUACAUGUCGGUCUAUGCUGAGCAGAAGUUCCUCCCCAAAGAGCCUAGGUUCCAAGCUGUGAAAGCCAUGUAA